AUGGAUAUGGAAACUCGCAAAAUCGACAAGCCACGGACAUUACAAAUGCAUCCGAAAUCCUCAUCAAAUUCAUCCGAUAUUCCGAUAGCAAAUUUUGCGUUUGGAAAAGAACUGAAGGACCUAGAUAUGCUGAAAUUGGAAUCAAUACCAGUUGCUUAUUUCCAAUUUGAAAUUAAAGAUGAAAAGAUAUUGAUUCUAAUUGAUCUUAAUGAAAAAAUGAAAGAGGAUGUGCAUGGAAACACGAUGGUAAUUGGAAAAUUUUCCUGGGAUGAACUCGGUCCGUUCGCAUUUGAGUUGCUGAAGAUUGCUGCAGUUAAUCCACUGUUUGUUUAUCUUAAAAUAUCUAGAAAAAAGAAAUAAUUGCAUUUUUCAGACAAUUCAAACUGGCUGGCAUUAAGAUGUUGUGGAGUUUCUCAAAAACUAAUCGAUUUCAAAUAGAUGUAGUUUUUGAUAAAGAAAACUUGCAAAGCUCUUUGGACAACGAGAAAAUCGACGAAUUAUGUAAAUAUGAAGUUGCGAAGGCUAUCAACAACUUCUUCGCUCAUUUAAGAAUUUGGAAUAACUCUGAAAUAAUAUCACUUUGGCCAACUAAUCCCCGAUAUAACUCAAAUGAUGGAUCAGAUUUCAAAGCAUUUUUCAAUGCUCUUGAAAACUCAACUAAUAAUUGGCAACUAAAUCAUACUAAUGAUAUAAGAAAUGAUUUAUUGAAUACUGAACUAAUGGAUUAUCAGAAGAAAACGGUGAAUUGGUUGAUUUCAAGAGAGUCGGAAAAUGAACAACUCGAUUUUUUCAAUCUAUUUCAAAGUCUUCCAAUCUGUCAAAGUGCAAUAUUCUAUUACCCAACAUUUGGUAUAUUUUCGAAGAAACACGACUUGAUUUCUAGUCUUCAAUGUUCAAUUUCAAAAGGUGGUAUUCUGGCAGAUGAAAUGGGACUCGGAAAAACACUCGAAAUGUUGGCAUUAAUUGUGUCAAAUAGCAAAGAUUGUAAGCAAAAUCUGAAAACGAAGAACGAUGAAAAGGAAAAUGAUGAGAAGAAGUUAGAUUGGAAUGAAUAUGUGAGUUCAAUUGUAAUCAAUUAAUAUAUUUCUAAUUAAAUUAUACAUUUUCAGAAGGCGAAAAAGACCAAAAAAGUUCAUCAGUUCCCAGCAGUUUAUACACCAGAAUCUGGAGAAAACCCGAAGAAUUUGCGAAAAUGUGAGAAGUGUCUGGAAAAUUGUGUUGUGAAGAAAUGUGGAUGGAACGAUUUUGAAAAUAUCGAAUUUUUGUGUCCGCAAUGUAUGGCUGGAGAGAAUCCAUUGGAAGUUAAGACAACUUUGAUUGUUAUGCCAGAAGCAUUGAGUAUGCAAUGGUACAAUGAAAUUUUGAAACAUUGUAAUGUGAAUUUGAAAAUCAUGGUGAGAAAAUCAUGCAAAUUUUUUUUUCAAAUAUAUUAUUUUCAGUUCUAUUUCGGCCUCAAGAAAACUGGUUACCUCCAUCCGCAGGAAAUCGCCAAAUACGAUCUUAUUCUUGUCACAUAUGAGACUUUGAUUGGAGAAAUUGGAUUUGCUAAUUUUAGAAAUGUGGAUUCUGUUAGACUGAAAAGAGCACAUAAAUAUUCACCAAGUUCGAUGAAUCAUGUGAAAUGGUGGAGGGUAAGAUAAAUUCUGAAAUUAAAAUUGUGAAGUUCAAAAAUUGCAGAUAAUCGCUGAUGAAUCACAAUUAGUUGAAACCGCAAAUACAAAACCGGCUCAAAUGUGUCAAAUAAUCGAUGCCAAAUACAGAUGGGCCAUGACGGGCACUCCGAUUGUCAAAGAUAUUUUCGGUAUUGGCGGACUUUUCCAUUUUAUCAAUUUUUGGCCUUUCAAUUGUGAGCAGUUUUGGAGCAAUUUUGUGGUUCCUGGUAAGGUUUUAAAGAUUAUUUAUACAAAUUUCUUCAAAAAAUCCUAUCCUGUUCUAGAUUUCCUUGAAAAAUCCGGCAAAAAUUUGGCAAAUGAGAGUUGGUUGAUAAAAUUGGGAUCGCAAGUAAUAAGAAGAAAUUCGAAAGCAAUGGUCCAGGCUCAAAUAGAAAUUCCGGAAUUAGUGGAAAUCGAGAAAGUUGUGCGAUUUUCGACGAUUGAAGAGCGACAAUAUAAAAAUGAUCGAGAUGAAUUGAGAAAGACAAUUGAAAAUCAAGUUAGAUGGUUGAGCGAUGAUGUUUUGUUGAGAAAAAUUGAUGGAAGAGAACGAAUUAUGCAAUCAUUGGGUGUUUUGAAAGAAACACUCAUUUCGUGUAAGUACUUUGGAAACUGUAACUUCAGAUUCUGAUUUUGGAAUGACUGAAUCAACAUUUUUUGUAUUUUCAGGCGGUGAACACAUCGAUGUUUUGAAGCGAAGAAAUACAAAUACAGCCAUUGUUUCCGACCCAAAACACAUUGUAUUUCGCCUGAUAUGCUCUAAGAAACAGGAAAUUUCGAAUAUUCUCAAACAAAUUGUUCGACAUCUCACAUAUGAUGCGCAAGUUUUUUGGUACCAAAAUGAUUUUGGAGGAGCGGAACGAAAUUUUGAAGAAUUUAUCAAAAUUAUGGAAUUUAUAAAGAAUGUUAAUCGAGUUUUUGAUAAAUUGGCCAAUAUUGAUUUCGAGGAGAAACAAGAGGAGAAUGGUGAGAUUUUGUUAGAAGAGCAUGAUUUGUAUUUUAGUUUUGAUCUCAUAGUUUUUUUCCUAGAGAACUUUGAUUCUAGCUAAACAAAGUUCUAUAAACCACGCUGAAAUCAUAGAUUUUCUAACAAUUUUAUAAUUUUUAGAAUCAGAGAAAGAUGAAGAACCAGAACCAGAACCACCGAAAAAAGUUCGAAAAAUCGGUAGUAAAAAUGGCGGAGUCAAAAAAGAAGCGCAAGAUCGCAAAAAUGCUGAAAUUGAGGCGAAAAAAGAAGUGGUCGAAUUGAGAAACAAGGCAUUGAAACCAAUGAGAAUUGAAACGAACCAGAUUGUUCAUGUUUUGAUACGACUCCAAACAUUGGAAAAAAAUUCAGGAAAUGCUAGAAGAAUUAUUGAAGAAUUUGGUGGAAUUUCGAAAAUUGAGGAGGAAUUGAGUUUGUCGAUUUUUCAAGAAGUUGAGGAUAAUUUAUCGAAAUAUGGAAGAUUGAAAUCGGAUUUUGGCGAAACAAUUAAUGAAUUGGAAAGUUCGAAAGAAAUGUGUGGGAAAAUAAUGGAGAAUUUGGUGCAGGUGUAUGAAUAUUUGAAAACCGAGAAGAACAUUGCAAAUCAAAUGAAAACAAAUGCACGUUUUAAUUCGCCAAUAUUCGAUUAUUUGUCAUUUUGGCCAGUUUUUAAAAAUCCGCAUGAACAAUUCAAUUUUCAAUGCGAUACAGUGGUGUGAGUAUUUCAUAAAAAAAAAUGAAAAGUUCGGGUUAUUUAGGGGUUUUACAUAAGACUGGAAAUGAAUGUACUUAUUAAUGUUCAGGUUAUCUCGUGGAACGACUCAAAGUCAUUACCGAUAUUUCAAUCAUAAUCCUGAAUCUUGUAUGGUAUUCAGUAAAAUUAUGGAUUUCCAUCAGUUAUUGAAAGACGAUAAAUUGGCAACGGAUUUCGAAGUUUAUCAAAACAUUUCGAAUUAUUUGAAAAAUGUUGAAAAUAUGACGAUGGAAUUAGCCGAGGAUUAUCGAAUUUUGCUUGAAAAGUUUGAAAGUUAUAAAACAUUUGAAUCAAUUGAUAAUAUGAUAAAAUGUGUUCAUUCGGUAAGGUCUACAACAAUGUGCUAUGAAGAAAAUCGCCGAAAAAUCGAGAAAAGUCGAUUGCAAUGCGAGAUUUGUCGAGUUUCGCAUAGUUUGGCACAUUUUCGAUUUAUGAUUGGAUGUGGAAGUUUUCACGGUGUGCCGAUAAAGGAGAAAGUUGGAAAAUUAGCGAUUGUGAAAUUAAUCGAGCAGAUUUUGAGAAAAGAAGACAAAGUGGAUGGGAAAAAUUUUUGGUGAGAUUUUUUUGUGAAAAUCUUCGAAUUUUUUUUUUGAAAUUUUUUCAGGAAUUUUCAAGAGUAUUUUUCUGCACUUCAAGAUAUCGCAAAUACCAUCGAAGUCGAACGCGACAAUUUCAUCAAACAUCAACAGGAAUUGAGAGAAUUGGUGGCUUGGGCGAGAAAGAGGGUAACAUUACAAGGUAUGAGAGAUCGGUCAGGAAAAGUGUAUAAUGCGGAGAACGGAGCUAGAUGGCAAAAAAUGGAUGAGGAUAAUAUUAAAGUUGGUUUUUUCUUUAUUUGGGAAAAUGUUUUGGCCUCUUCAAAUCUGGUUUUUUUUCAGACUACACAUAAUGGUUGUAUUCGAACUGUUCAAGUAAUGGUUCCAAAAUUAAAGGAAAAAUGCAACGAAUUCGGAUAUUUGAUCAAUCUUUGCGAACAACAAUACGAUUCCAAUAGGUGAAUUCCAUUAAUUAGUAGAUUUAUGAAUUGAUAAGCUUUUUCAGCCAAAAUGACGAAAGUUUGAGGUGUUGUCCAAUUUGCUGGCGGGAUUUCGACAUUAUUGCGAUUUUACCAUGUGGUCAUCGAAUUUGCGAGGAUUGUUUUCGAUAUAUGAAAAAUGAGAGGAGAUUGUUGAGUUUAUCAAGUAAUUCUGGUACGAAAAAUAGUUUUCAGGCGAAACACAGGGAUCAUAUCUUGCGUGAAAUGUCGAAGAGAUUGUAAAUUGGUUGAAAUCAUGAUUGCUCGACAACCAAUUAAUAUAAAUGAUGAAAAUAAUGCGAUUAAGGGAACUGUUAUUCCGGUCAAAUUGAAUGAAACAAUCAAAUUGAUUCGUGGAAUUUUGGAGGAGAAUCAGCAUAAUAAAAUCAUUGUUUUCACAAAUUUCGAAGCCGAUCGACCAAUUUGGACAUUUAUCAGUGAUAUUUUCAACAAAGCCAAGGUUUGUUCAGAAAAAUUGAAGACAUUUUUAUUUUAUAAAAAAAUUUCAGUUGCCAUUCAUUGAAGUAAAUCGAAGUGAUUAUGGAAAAAAUAUGGAUAAAUUCGAAAAUGUUGAAAAUUGUCGUGUUUUGUUAUGCAGCUUAUCGAGAUGUUCGAAUGGACUCAAUUUGACACACGCAAAUCACAUCAUCUUCCUUGAUCCAAUUCAUAUUUCAUCUGUUAUUCAACAAGCAAUUGGAAGAAUUGCCAGAAUUGGCCAGAAACAACAAAUGAAAGUCUAUCACAUUCUUGUUGAAUCCACUAUUGAUGAAGAGAUCCGAAAAAUUGCGAAAAAUGGCGAGGCUGUUAAUGGAAAAUUGAAAGAAGGUGGGAUUUUUGGCAGUUAGAAUCGAGCCAGUUCAGAUUAAGCUGUGUGUUGAGACGAGAUUUUUCAUAGGAAUCGGAAAAGAUAAUUAGACCAGGUUCUAUUUUUUAACCCGAAAAUGACUUUUCAACAAAACAGUGAUCCAAUUGAGAUUUUCUCUCAAAAAACCAGAAAUUAUUAUUGUAAAUAUGAUCUCCCUCUUCCCAUUCAGACCACCGAUUUUUUCUCGAAAAUCUUAUCCGAAAAUAUUUCAGAACCAGAUCUGACAGUCGGACAACUUCGCCAAAUAUUCGCCAUCCCAAAUGUAAUUGAUUUAUAG